CCUUAUGGAGAAAGAGGGUUUGAUCCGAGGUGUUCGUUACCUUGAGCAGAAUGGGGUACCAAUAAGCCAGAUAGUGACUGACAGACAUCUUCAGGUUGCCAAGUGGCUGCGUAAGAACCUACCAGAUACAACACAUAGCAUUGAUGUGUGGCAUGUAGCAAAAGGUUUUAAGAAGAAGCUGUUGAGCCUCAGCAAAGAAAAGGAUUGCGAGCACCUUAGAGAGUGGAUAAAAAGUCUGGAAAACCAUUUGUAUUGGGUACCCUCCUCAGCACCUGAUGAUGAAGACAAUGAGCUCAAAUGGGAAAAGUGGACUAGUAUAACCAACCAUGUCCAGAACAUUCAUAAAGGUAACGAGCAACGUUUUCAACGGUGUGAACAUGGGGACCUUGACCCAACUGCUAAACGGAAAAGAUGGUUGAGACCAGGAACCAAAGUGAUGGAGAUGUUAGGAACCAUUGUGAAUAGCAGACAGAUGAAGAAGGACAUCCCCAUGCUCUCGUCAUCAUUUCAGACUUCAAGUGUAGAGGCAUUCCACUCUGUCAUAAACCAGUUUGCGCCAAAGAUGUACAAAUUCUCCUACUUUGGAAUGCAAAGUCGCUUGGCCUUAGCCUUAGCAGCACUUCACUACAAUGAGAAUUCCAGUAAGGAUCAGGCAGCCACAAGAGAGGGGAAUCUACAAUACAGCAUUGUAUUUCCUAAGCACAAAAAAGGGGGACUACACUGCGACGAAAAUCAAGACGCAAAGUACUUAUGGUAA